CGGAAACCGCGAUCUCACAUCAGCAUGCCAAGUGACGGUGCGUGUGGGCGCUACCACCGCUACAAGGCGACGACCAACGCCGUCUUCGAGUGGCUUCACCGAGCGACCAAGCCCAAGACCAAGAACGCCAAGCGCAAGGUCAAGAAGCACGGCGCGCGGUCGGCCAACGUCACCGAGUGGUCGGUCUCGCAGAUCUACGCGGCUGCGCUCGAGGUCGUCGAGGCUGCCUUGCCCGUGCCCGCUGCCAUCUUGCGCAAGCUUGGGACGGCCAUCCGCCUGCGCCACCAUGGGACAAACCUGUUUGUCCCGUUCGCAACAACGUGA